UAUAACUUAUAAAUUAUAAGCAAAAUGAAUGGCAAUCAGUGUUUGAUAUAAAUAAGUGACAAUCGCUUCGUAUUCAUCACACAAUCACUUCCAACCAAAGGCUUAAAGUUUGUAAAUAUGUCUUCACCGGCGCUCACGAGUGGUGUGCAGUAUAUCCCGAUAUCUCUUGAGGAGUCCAUUAGUAUGACGGGCUGUAGACAUGCCUCCCAUUGUCUGCUCUAUACUUCAGCCAACAGUUCCCGUGUUGUCUACGGUUUGAUUCAAUUGACAGACAAUGGAGAGCUCGGGUGUCCCGGAGGACAAGUGGACGUCGAGGACGUGACCGUCGAUGACAUUAUCGACGCCACGAACCGAGAGCUCGAAGAAGAGAUCAAUUAUCACUUGAAUGGUGUGACUCGAGAGGACUGGAUUUGUUCGCAUCGGGAGGACAACCCGCCAUACAUUCAGCACUUCUUCGCCAAAGAACUCACUGGCGAUGAGUUGAUACAACUGGAGAGGACUCACAUGAAUGCCCAACACUUCCCGUCCGAGUCUUUAGGCCUAUUUCGGGUACCAAUCGGUGGUUCAGACAAGAAGUUUAUGACAAACUUUUUGCGCCAAAGAUUUGCGGGAAACGCGAGACAACAGAUCAUCGAAACUAUUCACAAGUUAUCACUCGUUAGUCCCGAAGACCAGGUGUGGAUGGAAUCCAUUGAAUCCACGGGUGAUCUACUGGUGAACAACAGUGUCGUCAACAGUGGUAUUGAAGUGAAGGCACUCUUGAGAGCAGAUCUCGAGGUUCAGUAUAACGACGAAAAGGUGGACAUAACGUAUGGUCUGAUGGCUGUCACAGACGACGGACUCUUUGACUUCAUUGGCACUCAUUAUACGGAAUCCGAUGACAAGAACUCAAUGAUUGAGACAUUGAUUACGAGUUUAGAUAAGGAUUUGGGCGCCGAUUGGCUGCCAAUUGACUGCAAAUCAAAUGCCAUUCACUUAUCGCUGGACAACGACUCGAGUCAUGUGUUUAGCGUUCAUUUAAAUGCCAAACAAUUCACGCAAAUUGAGACUCAUUUCACUGAAUGCGAGGGUUUUGGUCAUAAAUUCUAUGGUAUUAUUCGCAUCCCUUUCCCCACCCGGGGCUCAACACAUAAACCCGAUUCUGUGAACCGAUUCUUUAGAGGGGCUAUGAGCGACAUGUCUGCACAUCGUAUGGCCGCCCAAGUGGUGGACCCGAGUGUCGGUUGGGAUGCCGUCGGACCGGUCGACGAUUGUCUACCCAAACGACAAGUGUUUAGUGAAUUUCAAUGA